UGUUCUGGCUAGCGGAACACAGGUCUACGCUGAUGGCAGGUAGCUAUCUGUCAACAAUCUAGGAAUAGCUGAAACUGAAGUCUGUGUGGCACCUUAUCGUCUGUUUCUUUCAGUUGUUGCAGGUCCUUCGGUGUAGCAGCCAAAAAGGCUGCAGUGUUAUGGAUGAACCAUGAAGGCCCAAUUGCAAGUAACAGUUCUUUCAGCCAAGCUGAAGGAAAACAAAAAGAACUGGUUUGGUCCUAGUCCGUACGUGGAGGUAGCCGUGGAUGGCCAGUCAAAGAGGACUGAGAAGUGUAAUAAUACACACAGUCCCAAAUGGAAGCAGGCUCUCACAGUAAUUGUGACUCCGGUCAGCAAACUGAUCUUUCGUGUUUGGAGCCACCAAACACUGAAAGCAGACAUCCUUUUGGGAAUGGCCACACUGGAGAUCAGUGAGACCCUGAAGGCUAACGACUUGAAAUUAUGUGAGGUGGUGCAGACACUGCAGCUGUGCUCUGACAGAGACCCCCGGGAUGUUGUCGGUGACCUGUCAGUUUGUCUGGAUGGCAUGCAGGUAGACGCAGAAACCUUCGCCUCGGCAGAGAGGGAACAUGCUACUGUUCCAAAUGGAAAUGCAAGACAAAAUGGAGACACUGGAAACAGGUCAAGCAGGGACACAUCUCCUUCCAGUGACUCAGAGGAGUGGGUUAUUGUACCCAAUGGUCAUGCUGUCAAUGGUACGGGUUCUCCAUCCCGAUCUCCAGGGGACUCCAAUGCUUCACGUCCUCCCAGACCAGCCCGACCUCCUCCCGCUACGCCUCGCAGACCAGCAGCCUCACCAACAUCUUCUAGCAGUUCCUCCCCCAGUGAGCUGAGUGAGGGUCCAGCUUCCGAUGGCUCCUCUCAGGCGUCAGCGAGUGGGUGUUCAAAUCAGCAGGAUGACUCAGGCGCAGGAGCAGCGGCAGCAGAUUCUUCACAGACAGCAAGUGGCCCCAAACCAGGGACCCCUGCCUCAGCAGCUAUGGCCACAGCAACUCCCAGAAUCACACCCAUGAGCAACGGUCCCUUACCUCCAGGGUGGGAGCAAAGGGUGGACCAGAAUGGACGGGUGUAUUAUGUGGAUCACAUUGAGAAAAGGACAACCUGGGACAGACCUGAGCCUCUGCCUACAGGGUGGGAGCGCAGGGUGGACCCGAUGGGUAGGGUGUACUAUGUGGACCACAUAACCCGAACUACUACAUGGCAACGCCCCACCCAGGAGUCAGUGCGUAACUAUGAGGAGUGGCAGCACCAACGCAGCCAGUUGCAGGGAGCCAUGCAGCAGUUUAACCAGAGGUUCAUAUAUGGGCUCCAAGACCAGUUGGUAGCCACGGCCAAUAAGGAGUUUGACCCGAUGGGGCCUCUUCCACAUGGCUGGGAGAAAAGAACAGACACCAACGGCAGAGUGUAUUUUGUUCAUCACCCCACUCGGACGACGCAGUGGGAGGACCCCAGAACGCAAGGGCUGCUGAAUGACAAGCCCCUGCCAGAAGGUUGGGAGAUGAGGUUCACUGUGGAUGGUAUUCCCUACUUUGUCGACCACAACCGGCGAACCACAACCUACAUUGACCCUCGCACAGGGAAAUCCUCGCUUGAGAAUGGACCACAGAUAACCUAUGUCAGGGACUUCAAAGCCAAAGUGCAAUACUUCAGGUUCUGGUGUCAGCAAUUGUCGAUGCCUCAGCACAUUAAGAUCACUGUCUCCCGUAAAACCUUGUUUGAAGACUCAUUCCAACAGAUCAUGAGCUUCCACCCUCAAGAUCUGAGGCGGAGACUGUGGAUCAUUUUCCCUGGAGAGGAAGGCUUGGACUACGGAGGUGUGGCCAGGGAAUGGUUCUUCUUGUUGUCACAUGAAGUUCUGAACCCCAUGUACUGUUUGUUUGAGUACGCUGGCAAGGACAACUACUGUCUGCAGAUCAACCCUGCCUCCUACAUCAACCCUGAUCACCUCAAGUACUUCAAGUUCAUAGGACGCUUCAUUGCCAUGGCCUUAUUCCAUGGCAAAUUCAUCGACACAGGUUUCUCCCUCCCCUUCUACAAGCGGAUUCUGAACAAACCUCUAGCUCUCAAAGACCUGGAGUCCAUAGAUCCAGAGUUUUACAACUCACUCAUCUGGAUCAAGGAUAAUAACAUAGAAGAGUGUGGUCUGGAGAUGUUCUUCUCAGUUGACAAAGAGAUCCUGGGGGAGGUAACCACCCACGAGCUGAAGCCAGACGGAGGGAACGUCCAAGUAACUGAGGAAAAUAAGGAGGAAUACAUCAGGUUGGUGGCAGAGUGGAGGCUGUCCAGAGGUGUGGAGGAGCAGACUCAAGCAUUCUUUGAGGGCUUCAAUGAAGUUCUGCCGCAGCAAUACCUUCAAUACUUUGACGCGAAGGAAUUAGAGGUGAUGCUUUGUGGGAUGCAGGAGAUAGACCUGGUGGACUGGCAGAGGAACACAAUCUACAGACAUUACGCUCGAAGUAGCAAACAGAUCCUCUGGUUCUGGCAGUUUGUGAAGGAGAUGGACAACGAGAAGAGGAUGAGACUGCUGCAGUUUGUCACAGGAACCUGUCGUCUUCCUGUGGGUGGCUUUGCUGACCUGAUGGGAAGCAACGGCCCUCAAAAGUUCUGCAUUGAGAAAGUGGGCAAAGAGAACUGGCUUCCACGAAGCCACACGUGCUUUAAUCGUCUGGACCUCCCUCCUUACAAGAGCUAUGAGCAGCUAAAGGAGAAGCUCAUGUUCGCUAUAGAAGAGACAGAAGGUUUUGGGCAGGAAUAAUACAACAAAAGCAGGAUCUUUAGGAUGGAGGAGUGUGGACUUAGAGGAGCCAUAUCCAUUUCAAACUUUUCAACAGAUUCUCCUUGCAGCUAGGAGCUGCUCAUAAACUGGUACAACACCAAAAAAGUUGGGUCGUUGUGUAAAACGUAGAUAAAAACAGACUUAUAUUCAAUUCCAUACAGCACAAAGACAAGAUGCUUAAUGUUCAAACUGAUGAACUUUAUUGUUUUAUGCAAAUAUGCAUUCAUUCUGAAUUUGAUGCCUGCAACACAUUCCAAAAAUUUUGGGACUGAGCAACAGAGCGUUUAGGAACUGAGGACGCCUUUUUUGGAGUUUUGAAAUUUCUGAUGUGUGACUUCAGAGGCUUGACAGUCCGGGUUCCCUUCUGAUGUGUUUUGCACUUCAUAAUUAAUUUACAAAAACAUUUUCAAGGAGAGACAGGUCUGGAUUGCAGGCAGAGCAGUCAAGUACCAACAGUAUUUUAGUACAUGUAGAGAUUUGUCUGGAUUCUCUGAAUCUUUUCCCUAAAAUCCCAACAUUUCUUUGCAGUUGGAUUUUGAGAAACAUUGUUCUUAAACUAUUGGACUAUUUACCCACAUAGUUUUUCAUGAAGUGUUGAACCUUGCUCCAUCCUUUCUUGUGAACGACUGAGCCUGUUUACCUGUGCAGUGUUCCAAACAGGUGUUUCUGGAGCAUUUCACAACUUUCCUUAACUUUUGUUGCUCCUGUCCCAACUUGUUUGAAACAUGAUGCUGGCAUCAAAUUCAGAAUAAGCAGAUAUUUACAAAAGUCAAUGAAGUUUAUCAGUUUGAACACUUAGUCUUGUCAUUGUACUGUAUUAAAGUGAAUACAGGUGGAAAACGAUUGCAUUCUGUUUUAUCUGUGUGCGGAGUCAGAGUUACAGAUGGCCGUGCUAAUCUUUAUUUCUGUCACGUUUUCAUAUGCAGUAACAACUGGUUUUUAAGCCGUUUCAUCAUAAAUUCGUUCAUCCCACAAAAGACCUGUGAAUCCUCCUCACCCUCUUUCACCUUUCACCUAUAUGAUCAGUUCCACACUAAUCCAUCUGAUGUCUCUUAGCCCUGUUCAGCCCACUAUCAGGUGUUGGAGGCAGAAGAGACUCUCACCCUGUCAUGUCUGCACUCGCAGCACGUUGCGCAAGUGCAGUUUCUACACGUAAGUCUGUGAAUCUGUGCAGUUGUAACUUCUUAAGAGCCGCCUCGUCGGGUCUAUGCACUAGAAUUAAUUUCAGAGAAAAGAACCAUAUUUGUGCAUUUUGACUUAAUCUAAAAGCUUCAUAUCGAAAAGCAGCAUCAAAGGCACAUAUAUGGUUUUGGGUCUUUCAGACUCCACUUUGAUUUUUCUUUUAUUGAAAGGAUGGAUGAAUGGAUGAGUGUUUUUUUUUUUAACAGCUGAUAGGACUGACUCCUAUAGCACAUGUGCAGUUUAUUUAAUAACUUUGCUAAACAUGAUCAUGCUAAUUAAAACGAUAGCUUCUCUUAUUUUGACAGGUUGAUUUCUGAACUACAGUGAGUUGAAACUUUGAACUAGUUUGCACAUAGUUCUGUGAGCAGUGAGACGGCUGUGAUUGUUCUGAAGAGAGGUUGUAUUUUUAUGUGCAAUAGUUUUGUAGAAAACAUUUUUGCCAAUAAUAGAGCCAAACAGUGAUUUGUUUGAUCAUUUUAUAACACUUUGGUAAGUUUCAGCUUUUACUAUUGAUUUAAAUUCUCAAUAUUAUGAAACUGGUUUGGUUGAGAUUUGAUUUGACAAACUUUGCCUUCCCUAAAUGGUCUGUGCUGUGUAUAAUAUCAGCCUGUUUGACCAUAGAUGAUCACUUCCUUUACUGGUCAGGGAGACUGAAACGUCUUUUCAUGAUAAUUAUGAGCUGUUACUAAUGAAGUGGGCUAAUUAGAAUGUAUUGCGUAAUGGAGACCAAUGAUUUGUUGAUUAAUUCCCACUGAAUGGUAGCCAAUUCUCUGGUAGAUGUCCAGAAUUAAGUAUUAUCCUAGAUCAAUAAUGAAGAUGCUGAAUCCUAACUGUCUAAUGUGUUAAGUGACUAAUGCAGUUUAUGUAAAUAUACUUACAAAGUAGAAAAUGUGUUUAACAUCUUAAUACAUUUAGUUCACCCAAGCAGUGGACCCCUUUGAGUUGCAGGCACACGUUGAUAAUUAAGAUUUGAAGUAAUGUAAUAAAAAGUGGCCCUAGUUUUAUAGGGUUUAGGUGUUCAGAUUUGUACAGUAGUAGUGUAUUUCAUGUCUUUUCCAAGAAUAGGUCCGCUAACGUCAAACUUAGUUUCUUUUCAGUAUCAGGUAGAGUAUCACUUUAAGGAAAUGACUAUGGAACCAGUUUACCAAAGGACUAUAUGUAAUUAUUUUUUGUAAACUAUUUGACUUCUAUUUGACUAUUUUGACUUGAAAAUCUAAGUCACCAAGUGUAAUCAGUUUCUAACAUCCCCGACAUGAUUACACAUUUCACAUCUCUAGUCACAAUUAAGUUGUUAGCUGUCCUUUGUUAUGUUAGUAGUUUAACACUAUGAGGUUCAAAAAUGCAAACAAAAAGGUAGCUCAGCUGCUUCGAUUUUAAGUACAAAUCUGAGCAAAUUUCAAUCAGUAAAGUGAUAUUUUUUUAACGACUAGUAACUGUCCAGACAUCAAGCUGUGUAGCGUGUGUGUAGGCAGCGUGGUGUAAAUGACGUGCUGUAAUUUCAAUGUGUAUCCCAGAUGACUGAAAAUUCCUACUUACAAAUUCAGUUUCCGCAAGUUCCCUUUAAUUUCCCAAAAAAAAAAAAAAAAAAGUAAAAGGACAUGUCCACAAAUAUUUCUCAUGAAUGAACCUUGUUGCUGUAUGUUGUUACAGAAUUUCAGUGGUGGUACUACAGAAAAAAAUGCUGGUUCUCAUUGCCCAAAGCUCCUUACUGACCUGACAGGUGUAUUGACCCUCGGUCAGUACAAAUUACUGCUCCUUUUAUUCAUGAUUAUGUCAGAUGCUUAACAUUAUCUCACAUUUUCCCCUCUUACUGGCAGUAAUUAUACACACGUACAUCUUCAAAAUUCAGUGUGUAACUACUGGUGUGCCGAGUUGUAAGGAGAUUAUUGUCAAAAAAGAAAAAAAGAAAAAAAAAAACCCUUGAUAAAACAGAUUUUUGUGAUUAAAAUGUUGACUGUUCAAUAUUUUAACUGAUUCCAACUUAUAAUAUAGGACCUUGACACUCCAAACUGAUAGAAUUAACCACUUCACUGUUUAAUCUCUGCUGUGUUCCAGAUCAUGGGGCAGUUAAAUGUAUAGAAAUAUGCAAAGUAGUGUUUUAGUUGUACUGAUUGCAUUGUAAAUCAUAUUGCUAGCACUGUUUUUUGAGGCUCUAACUUUUUUGAUAAGUGGAAGUCAAUGGUUGAAUACUAUUUAUUUGGAGGAUGGGUUUCAUGUAACAACGGACUGGAUUGGUUGACAAAAAAAAACAAACAGUAAUAAAGUGAUUAAAACAUGGGGCUUCUGCA